ACAUAUUUUAGUAUCUGCAGUUGAGCUCUCUGUGUCAUCUAAGGUAUCUUUGAAAGCAUAGACAUGGACUGGGAAGAGACAUGUAAGGCAAUCGUUACGAUUGCAGGAGCUGGUGGAACUGUGAUUCUGACUCCUGCCAUUCUGGCUUUACUGGGGUUCACUUCAACUGGAAUAGCAGCAGGCUCCAUCGCUGCCAAACUGAUGUCAUACUUAGCAAUCGCUAGUGGAGGUGGAGUUGUAGCAGGAGGUCUCGUAGCAAUCUUGCAGUCCUGGGGUGCAGCAGGUCUGUCAUUGGUUGCCACUGCAUUGUUUGGAAGUGUUGGUGGAGCAGCGGGUUGGAUGAUCUCAACUGUGUGUAACCUCAACGUGACUGUGAAAUGUGAAAAUUAACACACUGAAUAAACACAAACUGGCCUUCAAAUGUUUCCUAUUGUGCCAAAUUAGACUGACUCAAUA